UUAAAAUACUUAAAUAGUGGAAGUAAUUAAGUGUUAAAGAUUUUUUAAAUAAGCUUACGUGAAAAUGACGUCUGAAAAUCUUUCAAGUAAUAAAGACUCGGAUGAUGAUAUGGAAAUUGACAGUUAUCAACAAGUUGUAAAUUGUGAAAAUGAUGAGGAAGGUAGUUGGAGAGUAUCUAAAGAUAUUUACAUCCCACCACCUCCACAAUUGUUUGGUGCAUACGAUGCAAAAGGUCCUCGAUUAAUGAUAAACAGAAUAGUAGCUAAGAAUUUUAAGAGUUAUGCUGGUACUAUAGAAAUUGGCCCUUUUCAUAAGUAUUUUUCAUCGAUAGUGGGUCCAAAUGGUAAUGGAAAAAGUAAUGCAAUAGACUCUAUGCUUUUUGUAUUUGGAUAUCGAGCUAAUAAAAUAAGAUCAAAAAAGAUAACCGAAUUGAUACAUAAUUCCAAUGAACAUCCAAAUUGUAACAGUUGUACUGUUUCUGUUUAUUUUCAGCAAAUAAUUGACAAGCAUGGACAAGAUUACGACGUUAUAGCUAAUAGUGAAUUCUUCAUAUCAAGAACUGCAUUUAAAGAUGGUACAGCAUUUUAUGAAAUUAAUGGUAAAAAAGUCCAGUUUAAGCAAAUUGCUCAAAUUUUGCGAUCUCAUUGUAUCGAUUUAGAUCACAAUCGAUUUUUAAUUCUUCAGGGUGAAGUAGAGCAGAUAGCUUUAAUGAAACCUAAAGGUCAAUCGGAAGGUGACACUGGUAUGCUAGAAUUUCUCGAAGAUAUUAUUGGUACUAAUCGCUACAAGGAGCCAUUAGAAAAAUUAUUUCAGCGAGUGGAAUUCCUAUCAGAAUUGCGUGAAAAAAAAUUAAGACGCCUGAAAGUAAUUGAAAAGGCAAAAGGAGAGUUAGAAAAGCCUAUGCAAGAAGCUGUUCAAUAUUUAAAAGUAGAAAAUAAUAUAAUUAAGUUGCAACAUAAAUAUUAUCAAUGCAAAAGGUAUGAAAAUUCUGAACAACUGGCUAAAGAAGAAAAAGUUCAGAGUGAAUUGGUUGCAGAUUAUACAAAACUUACUGAAGAAAUGAAAACUAUUCAUAAGAACAGAGAUGAAAAAACGAAAGAUUUCAAAGAAAAAUCAAAAAAAUGGGAUAAGUUACAACAAGAAAAAGAAACACUUUCGGUCAAAUUUGAAGAAAUUAGAAAAAAAGAUGAAGGACUUUUUGCUGAGUCAGUAGCAACAAACAAACGAAGAAAAGAUAAUAUUAAUACAGUAAAAGCGGAAAAAAAUAAAUUAGAAGAUUUACUAAGAGUGCCAGUGAAAAAUUUGAAGGAUAUAGAGGAAUGUGAGGAUCUUCAGAACAAGUAUAUGGCUGACCGUGAAAAAGAAGAAGCAGCUUUAGUUACAUUAAUGAGCGGAUUGAAAGAAAAGACUGAACCUCUUAUGAAAAAACGUUCAAAAUUGGAAAAGGAACUUGUAUUAGAAAGGAAAAAUGUAGAUGAAGCUAAAUCAGAUUACGAAAUUGCUAAAUCACAAUUAGAUCUUUACACGUCUGAGGAACAAAAUGAAAAAAUGAAAUUUAAUAAAUUACAAGAAUCCUUUACAGCUAGUAGUGAAAGAUUAGUUGAAUGUAAAAAGAAACUUACAGCAAUAGAUACUAAAGUUCCAGCAACAGAAAAAAGCCUGCAACAUGCACAAAAGGAGUUGGAUGAUCUUAAAGUUGUUGAGAACGAAGUAAAUGAGCGUUUGCGAAAUACUCGAAUAAAAUAUGACGAACAAAAAUCAGCUAUGCAAGCUGGUAGAUCUAGAAAUCAUAUACUUAAUUCACUUAUGACGGAGAAAAGGGAAGGACGACUACCUGGUAUUUUUGGUAGAUUAGGUGAUCUUGGUGCAAUUGACGUUAAAUUUGAUGUGGCCAUAUCGACAGCUUGCGGACCACUUGAUAAUAUUGUUGUGGAUACCGUCAAUACAGCAACCGAGUGCAUUAAGUUUCUUCGAGAUAAUGAUAUUGGCCGUGCCACCUUCAUUGCCCUGGAGAAACAGCAACGAUUUAUCCGGCAUUGUCAAGAAAAGAUUCGUACCCCGGAAAAUGUUCAUCGUCUCUUUGACCUUAUAAAGGUGGAAGACAAACGAGUUUUACCUGCAUUUUAUUAUGCAAUUCAAAAUACUUUAGUUGCUAAUGAUUUAGACCAAGCAACUCGAAUAGCUUAUGGAGCUCGACGUCAUCGAGUGGUUACAUUAAAGGGUGAGUUAAUUGAGUUGUCGGGUACGAUGAGUGGCGGAGGUCGUCAAGUAUCACGUGGUCGUAUGGGUCAGAGGGUCGCUAGAAGUGAGCCGACAGUUGACGAUAUUGAGAAGCUACAGUUUAACUUAGAUGAAUUGUUCGGGCAGUACAAUAAGGCAAAGGCUAAACAACAGCCACUAGAGAAUCAGAUACAUACUUUGAGUACGGCUCUCAAGGACAUGAUCAUCGACAAGGACAAAUUAAAGGUUGAAAUUAACCACUUAAAUAUGGAAAUUCCGAACUUGUCUAAACAGCUUAAGGAACAAGAGAAGAAAGCUGCAUCAUCAAUUUCCAAUCCAGAAAAGGUAAAACAGCUGUUAAAGAUUGUUAAGAAAACUGAAGACAAGUUGAAAAGUGUUUCUGAAAAUUCUAAGACAACGGAGAAAGAAGUAGAUGCGAUAAAUCAAGAAAUCGAAGAAAUAUCGGGUGGUCUCGUUAAAGACCAACAGAAAAAAAUUUUGAGUUUGACUAGGUCUAUUGACAAAAUCAAAGGAGAAAUUUGUAGGCUACAAGUUGCUAUAAAAACAUCCGAGAGAAAUUCGAAAAAAACAGAGCAACGUAUUGCAACAUUAGAAGAGGAUAUAAAAAACUGUGAAAAUAGAAUUCGUGUUAUUCAAACGGAAAAAGCAGAGUUUGAAGAAGUUGGUAAAGAUUUAAUAAGUAAAAUAAAGCAAUUAAAUGAGGACUUGGCUGAAAAAGUUGAAUUGGCUGACAAAUUAAAAGCAGAUUUGGAAAAAUUACAAUCUCGUGAAAGUAAAAUGAAAGCUAUAAAGAUUGAUUUGGAUCAGAAAUUAAAUGAUACGAAUAAGGUAGUUAAGGAACUAAAGAAUCGGAUUCCAGAAUUGACGAAAUCUAUUGAAAGUAUGAAACUCCAAGAAAUUCCUAACGAAGAAAACGAAGUACUAGAAGAAUUGACGAAGGAAGAUCUGGAUGAAAUAGACAGUAAGUCCAUCACAAAUUCAAUUCAGAAGGCUAAAGAAAAAUUACCGAAGGAGAUACCGAACAUGCAGAUUAUCGAGCAAUUUAAAGAGCAAAAUGACUUGUAUAUAAAAAGAUCUGAAAAAUUGCAAAAAAUUACAGAAACAAGGAACAGUAUGAGAGAUACAUAUAAUGUGGCAGUGCGUAAGAGAAUGCAAGAGUUCAACACUGGUUUCAAUUUAAUUACUGGAAAGCUAAAGGAAAUGUAUAGAAUGAUUACAUUAGGUGGUGAUGCUGAAUUAGAAUUAGUAGAUUCAUUGGAUCCAUUUAGCGAAGGCAUUGUAUUUAGUGUUCGACCACCUAAAAAAUCUUGGAAAUAUAUUCAAAAUCUGAGCGGCGGUGAAAAAACAUUGAGUUCGUUGGCCUUGGUUUUUGCCUUACAUCAUUACAAACCGACGCCUAUUUAUUUUAUGGAUGAAAUAGAUGCGGCUCUAGAUUUUAAAAACGUAUCUAUCGUUGCAAGCUAUAUUAAAGAGAGAACAAAAAACGCGCAAUUCAUUGUUAUUUCUCAUAGAUCGGAUAUGUUUGAGCUCGCAGACUAUCUCGUCGGUGUAUACAAAAUAUUUAACUGUAGUAAAUGCGCAGUCGUGGACGUUCGAAAGUUCAAUUCGAAAGUCGGUAUAAGCGAACAGAACAAUAAUAGCGGUAACUUGAUCAGGUCGCAAUUCUUAUCACAACCAAAUCCGAUUAUAAGUGCGCUCAAUGCUAAUAGUGAAAAUAGAACCGAUGCCGUACAAUCUCGAACAGUCAAUUUACCAGCUACUUGUCCGGAAAAUAUUAAUAGGGAAACCGAAGGUGAAAGCAGCAAUGAGAAUAACAAUCAAACGAAUGAGAACGAAGACAGUUUUAAUUUAAGACUUGGGGACAUUAGUCUUCCCUCAACACCAAUCAAACGAUCGUCAAGUAGCUCAGCAAAGAAGCAAAAGCCGGAAAAAAAUAUAACAUUAAAAAAACGAAAAUCUUUACGGAAAAGCAGUCAAAAUGAAUUACAUCAGGUAUCAGAAUCUUCAGAAAAUCAUGAGGCGUCUGAAGAACAUGCAACAGUCGAACCUGAAAUAAAACUAAGGAGGACUCCUCGAAAUAUAAGGAAGGAAAAAUUUGUAGAAGAGACAACAAGCCCAGGUGCUACUUUACGAAAACGUCGACGACAAUAGAAGGUUAAUUGCAUAAAAUUUCGUAUUAAAUUUUGAGAAAAGCAUUACAAGUCUCAAA